AAUGUCACAGUAAAAUGUUGUAACAUAACCAAAACUAUGUGUAUAUUUUCAUAAUUUCACACAAUGAAAACAAUUGGAUCAUUUUCAAUAAACAAGAACUUAACAAAGAAGAAACAAGGCGAUUAGUCGCAUAUUGAAUUUAAGUGAAACGUGAAAAAAAAUGUUGCGUCGAAUAUUUUCAACAAUAGCCGAUUCAACUCCACAAAUGGACAAAAGUCCAUUUAAAGGUGUACAUUUAACGGGUUCUUUUGGUGUGAGACGGCUGGAAAGUUUGGACUGGUUACAUUCGAUGAGUGUAUGCUUUCCACUUCAAGCCGGACAAAUAGAAAUUAUAACGGAACCACAAAUAUUUUACACCAAAUUACAAACCCUUUGUGUUAAUGCAGCAAAUCGAAUUGGAAUAGCCAGUUUAUAUUUUGGUACAGAUCAACUCGAAUCACAGCUUGUGAAGGAUAUUGAAGAAAAUGUAUGCAAGAAUUCACAAUUGAAAGUAAAUAUUUUAAUUGACUUCACACGUGGUACUCGAGGUGAAGGCAAAAAAACUUCAUCAAAACAAAUUUUACAGCAGAUUAUGAACAGCAGUACAAACACCUCACUUUCAUUGUAUCAUACACCAAAAUUAAGGGGUUUAAAAAAGCGUGUAAUGCCUGACCGAUGGAAUGAGUUAAUUGGUUUACAGCAUAUGAAAAUUUAUGUGGCAGAUCAAACGGUCAUUAUUAGUGGAGCCAAUUUGUCAAAUGACUACUUCAAGAAUCGGCAAGAUCGUUACAUUAUGAUUAACGACAAACAUUUAUCUGACUUUUAUUAUCAGCUGAUCGAAAAAGUGAAAGAAUUUAGCGUACAGGUGUCAUCUGACAACAAAUAUUACACACAUUCAAAAUGGAAUAUGCUAUCGUACGAGGAUGAUCAAAAGCAUUUCAUUGCUCAAGCAAAUGAUUCAAUUUGUAAAUUUUUCGCGGCAACCGCUGAUGAAAUGAAAUAUCAUGGAGAGAGAUAUUGUAGUAGCAAUACAAAAAUCGAUACAUGGGUGUUUCCUUUAAUCGAAAUGGGCCAAUUGAAUAUACAUCAUGAUAGUGUUCUAACUGAAAAUCUAUUAUUGAAAGCUGUAACUAAUUCAAGGAUCAACUUGACUACAGGAUAUUUCAAUUUAACACAAACCUACAUGGAUACAUUAGCAACAAAGUGUCAAGCAAAUUGUGAUAUUCUAAUGGCACAUCCAAAUGCAAAUGGAUUUCAAGGUGCCAAAGGCCCUGCAGGAGGCAUACCAGCUGCAUACUCACAGAUUUCUAAAAAUUUCUUAAAAAAACUAAUUGAGUGCAAUGAAAGUGAACGAAUUAAACUAUAUGAAUACCAACGUUCCGGUUGGACGUACCAUGCAAAAGGUCUUUGGUAUUAUUUGCCUGGAUCUUAUACACCAGAUUUAACACUUAUUGGAUCAUCGAAUUUUGGUGAACGGUCCGUAAAUCGAGAUUUAGAAAGUCAAAUAUGUUUAGUUACUGUAAAUGAUGAGCUUCGAAGGCAAUUACAGCGAGAAUAUGUUAAUUUAAAACGGUACUGUUCACCAGCUGAAGAAGAACUUCAAACACGAAUUAUACCAAAAUGGGUGAAAACGGCGGUGGUCUUUUUCAAAAACUUUUUCUAGUUUAUCAAGUAAAAUGAGGCGUAAAAUGAAACCAUAUCUAUAUUUAUCUAUAUGUAUAUAUCUAAUAUUCGAACCUGAGUUUCCAAACCAUAAAUCGUAGGAUUGUCCAGAUCCAUUUGAUUUUAAUAACUUAUAUGCGAUAAAACGAGGUAAUAUUUAGAAUGAUUAGUAUAUGUAAAUAUGUGUAGCUGCAAAUUAUCUAUUUCAAUUAACACAAAAUGCGACAAAAUAAAUUAUGAU